AUGAAGGACCUGCAUCUUCACAUUGAAGAAAUUGAGGAACUGUGGACGGAAUUUCCCAAGACAGUUGUUCUACUAGACCACAUUGGAUUCUGCAAAGUACCAGAGCUAUUAAGAACCAGUUUUCCAUAUUAUGACCUAUCGCCUCUUCUAUCUCAAUUUGUGUCCAAUUUUGGGGAAAAUCGUGUCAUGUGGGGCAGUUCUGAGAUGGACUGGAUUAUGGGGAAGACUGUGAUGCAUCGUUUCCCUGGAUAA